AAAAAAAAAAAAAAAGUUUGGCAAAUCUAAAAAUUUGGUGUUCUCUGUCCUAGUUUCUAUCGCUGUUUGCAGCUAUUCUUGCAUUGUGUGGAUGUUGUUGUAUUCCCUGCAUAAAGGCAUCACUUAACCUACUUAUAACCACUGCUAUUGCCCCGACAAAUUCAAAAUUGGCAGAAAUAUAUCCACUAUUGGCACAACAGAGUAAUGACAGUGAUAUUGUUGACCACGAUGAUGAUGUUAUGACUUCUCUUCCAGACCUGUUCUCUGAUCCAGAAGAUUAUAAGUAAUUAGCGCUAUAUUUUCCUCCGACUGUAAGCCGAAAGGGUGAUCUGUUAGAUCAGUGAUUUUCAACUACUGUGCCGCGGCACACUAGUGUGAGAGAUCGUCAGUGUCCGUGCUGUAAAGGCUGGCAGAGUAAUGUCAUAUUUGUCCAUGUGGCAACACGUAGCUGAUUCCCUCGUUCCUCCAAGAGAAUUAGUGAUGCACCUGAGAGGCCGUGGUGACAGUCAUGGAGAAGUUUUUAAAAAGGACAACUGCAAACUCCGAACUGGGGCCUGGACAAGAUUCUGACCUGGAUAAAGGCCCGAGUAUGAGUGGUGGGAAAAAGAAAGCAAAGACGGUGAGCUCAAGGCAAUACAGUGAAAGCUAUCUUUCGUUUGGAUUUACUUUCACCGGGGAUGAGACGACACCUAUUCCGUUAUGCCUCAUGUGUGGUGAGAAGUUAUCCAACAGCGCCAUGUUGCCAAGCAAGCUUAAACGCCAUCUCCAAACGACACACCAGUCGCUUCAAAACAAGCCGAUAGACUAUUUUGUUCGCCUGCGUGUAAACACAGAGAAACAGGCAACGUUUAUGAGAAAAACCACAAAGGUAAAUGAGAAAGCGCUCAAAGCUGGUUACCUUGUCGCCGAACUUGUUGCUAAAUCAAAAAAGCCGCACACUGUGGCAAAGACAUUAAUACUACCUGCCUGUAAAGCCAUUGUCAACGAGAUGCUCGGCCCUGAUGCGGUUAAAGGCAUAGCUAAAGUCCCGCACUCUGAUAACACAAUUGCCAGGCGUAUUGAUGACAUGUCUACAGACAUCGAAAGCCAUGUUUUGGAAAAGAUACGCAUCAGUAGGAAAUUUGGGUUGCUGUUGACGAGUCUACGGAUAUUAGUGGACAUUCUCAGCUCUUGGCCAAUGUGCGUUUUGUGGAUGGAGAUGCCAUUAGAGAAAACUUCCUCUUUUGCAAGGCACUGCCAGAAAAAACAACUGGAGAGGAAAUUUUUCGGGUCACAUCGGAAUAUCUUGGCCAGGGAGGACUUAUGUGGGAAAACUGCACAAGUGUGUGCACUGAUGGAGCUGCAGCCAUGGUCGGGCACACCAAAGGCUUCGUGAGUAGAGUGAAGGAAAGAAACCCAGAUCUGAUUGUUACGCACUGUUUUUUGCACCCUGAGGCCCUCGUUGCUAAGACUUUACCAGCAGAACUGGUUCCUUUUUUGGACGAUGUGGUGCGGAUAGUGAACUUUGUAAAGACACGACCUCUGAAAAGCCGUAUAUUCCCAUCUCUGUGUGAGGAAAUGGGAGUGGAGCAUAAAGCCUUAUUGCUCCAUACGGAGGUCCGAUGGUUGUCGCGCGGUAAGGUGUUGACCCGCGUGUAUGAGCUGCGAGAGGAACUUAAAAUGUUUCCGACAAAUGAGAGGUCUGAUUACUCAAAUCUGUUUGCAAGUGAUGAGUGGUGCGCAAAGCUAGCAUACCUGGCUGAUAUAUUUCAUCAUCUUAAUGAACUGAACACAAGGAUGCAGGGCCGAAAUGAAAACCUGCUUACAAGCACAGAUAAAAUAAAUGGAUUCCGUUUAAAGGUGCAUCUCUGGCAACAACAUGUGCAACGUGCCAACCUGGGGAUGUUCCCACUCACAGACAAACGGCAAAGCAACACUGCUGCAUGGUCUGAGGUAAUAGGUAAACAUUUGAAAAGUCUUGAGGAGAAGUCAUUUUAUUUCUCUUCAGCCUCCACUGAAUGCUUUGACUGGGUUAGGGACCCAUACAGCUCGGUAACAGUUGUUGGAAAAGACAUGACUUUACAAGAGCAGGAGGAACGAACUGAACUGAAACAGGAUCGUGGUUUAAAACUAAGAUUUGCUGAUCUUCCUUUGGACAGUUUUUGGUUGACUGCUGCCAAGGAGUUCCCCAUUCUGGCCAACAAAGCUGUUCUGACAUUCCUCCCAUUUCCCACAACAUAUCUGUGUGAGGUGAGCUUUUCAAGCACAACUGCUAUAAAAACUAAAAACAGAGAGAGACUGAGAGCUGUUGAAGAAGAGCUUCGUGUAUGUCUUUCUUCUAUUCCUGCCAGGCUUUAUGUUCAUCUAAACAGGCCCAGGUUUCACACUGACUGAGUAUAAAUAAAUUGAGAAAUUAUAUUGUAAUUAAAUAUACUAUACAGAGUGUCAUUUUGUAACAUUUUUGGUUCGUGGUGUGCCACAAAAUUUUUCCAAUGUAAAAAAUGUGGCGUGGCUCAAAAAAGGUUGAAAAACACUGUAUUAGAUGAUUUAAGGAUUUGAGCAAAUGUAGGAUAAACAAGAGGAUAAUGUAGAAAUAAUUGUAAAUAGUAUUAAGUAACUGCUUCUGACUGAAAUGAAGAAAUGCUUUGCUCUGCUCCAAUUCAGUUACUGCUCUGCCUGCAAUGAAGAAAUGCCUUGCUCUGCUCCAAUUCAGUUACUGUUUCUGCCUGCAAUGAAGAAAUGCUUUGCUCUGCUCCAACUCAGUUACUGUCUCUGCCUGCAAUGAAGAAUGCUUUGCUCAGCUCUAAAUAACAUGGUAGCAAAUGUAGGAUAAACAGGGGGGAAAUGUAGGAAUAAUUGUGAUCAUAAUUAUCAUACAUCUGCUUCCAAUAAUGAAAUGCUUUGCUAUGCUCUAGAUAACGUGGCAACCUCCUAGCAGGAGAUAGCAAGAACAAAAACAUCUAAUCAUCAGAACUGUUAGAACUGCUGCCUGUUAAAGAAAUGAUGACCACACAUGUAUUCAGCAAUCUUCCACACAUGCACACGCACAUGAACAAACAUGUACACUUUGUUUCCAACUGUUUUGCUUGCCGUCUCCUUUUUAUAACAUCCGUGUAAAUAAGAGGCGUCUUAAAACUAAAUAAAUAGAGGUGCUGAGGAGAGGAUAAUCAGAGAGUGCCGUGGUGAAUUGUACGAGACAGUUCCUCUCCUCUC